AUAAUGAUAAUAAUAAUAAUAAAAAUAAAAAUAAAAACAAAAAUUAAAAAAAAUAAAAAUAAAAAUUAAAUACAGUAAUGCAUCACGUGCGUCUCACAUGCGGGUCAACGGUUAAAGAUAGCGGUCAAAGGCCACAAUCCGUUAUAAGGUAGUGUUUUGCAAACAAUUGUAUUAUAUAAGGUAGUUUUUUGCAAAAAUUUUUAUUUAAGGUAGUUUUUUGCAAAAUGGGGUAUAUACUAGGUAGUUUUUUAACAUUUUGCCUUAUUAUAAAUCAGUUUUAUAAUUAUGUUUUUGUACCUUAUUAUAUAUGAUUUUAAAUUAUAUUUAUUUGACUUUGCUAUGAUGGAAAAAAAAUAUAUGAUGUAUAGUUGGAGGAAAGAAAACAUAAAUUUUUCGUCUAGAGUUCAAAAAUUAUCAUAAACAACACUACUCCUUCGUCUCCGAGUUUCUCUCAUUUGACAUUCACAUAAAUGGUCGAAGAGGAUAAACGCAAAGGAAUAAAAUAGUUAUGGACUUUAUCGAUAUUGAAAACAAAGGAAGAAAUAAUUAAUAAGGACGUAUUUAUAAUUUAUUUUUAUAUACUUCUAUUUCAAUCUAUUUUUAUAAUACUUUAUAAGGGUAAUAGACUACUAUCCAUGUAAAUAAUAAGGUGGUUGAGCUGGGGACAGUCGGAGGACGUCUAGUGGGGGAAUUGCGAGGUUUUUUUUUUAAAAAAACUACUUCCUCUCUUGGACCACAAAAUUUUGUCUAUACACAGAUUAACCGUGAGAUAUGUCUUAUACUUAGGUUAAAUAGUUUAAUAAUUGAAACUUUUUGCUUAUGGAUUUCUUGUUUUGAUUUUUUAUUUUACCGUGAGACGGUCUUAUACAAGGCAAACUACAUUCUUUUUAGUUUGUAAUAUUGAAUUUACUUUAUUUUUAUUUUUGUUAUGACCCAACUCAUAGUUUUAUAAUUCUUAUCUACAUAUUUAACUUCAGAUACUCUCCUGUUAGACGGUCUAAGUCGUGCAACUAACCCAGAUCGAAUAAUUUUUGAUAAUAUAUUAACAUUUUCAAGACUACAAUUUCAAAACUUAAAAUGAGAAUUUUAAAACUCAAAAGAUUAAUUUUAAAGUUUUUAAUAUCAAAUUCAAUGUUUGAGUCAUUCUACUCCCUCCAAUUCAAUUUAAUUGUUCCAUUCAGUUUGGGCACAAAUAUUAAGAAAAUGAGAGGACCACCUAAAAUAAUAGGCUCAUGUGCAAUGUUGAGUAUUUGUAAUAUUUAGAAUUGAGGGGGACCACCUAAAAUAGUAGGCCCAUAUGCAAUAUUAUAUACUUUUAAUAUUAAAAAAAUAAGGAGACAAUUAUAAAUGUAUGUCUUAAAAUGGAAAUGGGACUAUUGAGGUGAACAACCCAAAUAAGGAAAUGUGACAACUAAAAAGAAUUAGAGGGAGUAUAAAAUAAGCAUUAAUGAUAAAUAGUGUCUAUAGCUAUAAUGUAGCAAAUAUUUCAAAAUGGAGGAAGUAUUAUUAUUAAUAUCAGUUUAUAACUAUCAUCAGUAGCAAUUAUAAUAGACUAUUUAGGGUGUUUGGAUGUUGGCUUUUACAUUAGGGAUGCUCGGUUCAUGGCUUUUGACUUAGCUUUUUGGUUGACUUUUGGCUUUUAGCUUGUUGGUUGGUCAAACAGCCAAAAAAAGUGUUUGGUACGUGGCUUUUAAAGCAGCUGAAAAGCUGGCUUUUAAGCCGAAAUGAAAAAGUUGCUUCAACUAGCUUUUUUGUUAGCUUUUGGCUUGUUGGCCCACUUUUUCUCUAAUUAACAUCUAACAGCCAAUACUCAAAUUUACCAAACAUCUCUACAAACAACUGAGUUUUUCAGCUAGCUUAAAAGAUAACAAAAAUAACCAACAUUUUCAGCUGGUCAAACAAGCCAAUUAAAAAAGUCAACUGCUAAUAACCAACAGUCAAUUGCCAAACACCCCCAUUAAUUUUUUAUUAGCUUAUGACUUUUAGCUUUUGACUUGUUGGUUAUUCAAAAAUCCAAAAAGUGUUUGGGAAAAAGCUUUUAAAUCGGCUGAAAAGUGGACUUUUAAGCUAAAUAAAACAUUACUACAUUUAUCCUUUUUUGUUGGCUUUUUGCUUAUUGACUAACUUUUUUUCUUAAUAAACAAUUAAUAAUUAAUACUUAAAUUUAUCAAAUAUUACAUAAACAAUUAAAAUUUUCAGCUAGCUUAAAAGUCAAUAUUUUCAACUCUUGAAACAAGUCAAUUAAAAAAGACAACAACUAAAAAUCAAUUGGAAAAAAUUGCCAUUAUUCGUAAAACAAGAAAAUCAAAGGACAAAAGCGAAGAGCCCAAGAGGUAAAAGCAAUACUCCUACUUAGGGGAAACAUGUCUCAAAAGCUGAGUUAUGCUGUUACACUUGUACAAGAAGGAUGCGUGUAAGCUUAUGGGCUAUUCACCGUUCAGUACAGACUCAUUAGUUUAUACUCUAAUUCCAUUCCAGUACUACUACUCAUUUACUGAACUCGAGACGAAAAAAAAUAAAAUGGUGACUGCAAACAGCUAUUCAACAAUGCAUUACUUGAAGGUGUUCAACAAUUCCAGAAAAGGGUUUAGAGUAAGAGCCGAUAAUGAAUUUCCCCCUUUUCUUCCUAAAGAAAUCCAUCAAAUCAAAGACCCUUUGGCUAGAAACUUGGCUAUGAGAAUUCAACGUUUACCUGUACAGGUCUCUUGCUUGGACUCCUGUGUCAUGAGUAGCUGCAUUCGACCGUCUGUACACCGAAAGACUAACCCAAUUGUUCUUCUACAUGGGUUUGAUAGUUCUUGUUUAGAAUGGAGAGCGGUGUAUCCAUUGCUCGAAGAAGCUGGCGCUGAGAGUUGGGCCAUUGACAUUCUCGGUUGGGGAUUUUCCAAUUUAGAGAGACUUCCCUCUUGUGAUGUGGUAUCAAAGCGAGAUCAUCUCUAUCAGUUCUGGAAAUUAUACAUCGAAAGGCCGAUGGUACUUGUGGGACCGAGUCUAGGGGCUGCUAUUGCAAUCGACUUUGCAGUGAACCAUCCCGAGUCUGUCAGUAAGCUGGUUCUGAUCGAUGCGAGUGUAUAUGCGGAAGGUAUAGGUAGCAUGGCGCAAAUGCCCGUUUCAGUUACAAAUGCUGGUCUUGAGCUGCUGAAAAGCAUACCAUUACGACUUUACGUGAAUAGACUCGUUUUCAAGAAUAUACCGUUGAGCACCAGCGUUGAUUUUACGAGAAUUGGCCGAUUACAUUGCCUUUUUCCGUGGUGGAGAGAUGCAACGCUUAGUUUCAUGGCUAGCGGAGGUUAUAAUGUUACUCAUUUGAUAAAACAGGUGAAGCAGCGAGCACUUGUCAUAUGGGGCGAGGAUGACCAAAUCAUUCGCUUCAAGCUUGCUCAUAGGCUGUGUAGCGAGCUGCAAGAUGCAUUUGUACGCUCUAUACCAGAUUGCGGUCACCUUCCUCAUGUAGAAAAUCCAACCGCCGUUGCAAACUUGAUCCUCAAAUUUGUCGAAGACGAUUAUUGCUAGAACUUGAUGGCGUUUUAGUACGUACAAUGGUAGUAGUUAACAGUUUUAUGAAAUUAUAGACAAAUCAUGUAUAUUAAGGGAUAUAAAUCAAGACUUACAACAAAUUUAUUUCAGUUGAAAUGUGUUAAGACAUUUUAACAUAGUAGCAUAUUAUUGGCGUAUGGUUUCAGUUUCAGAUUUAUCUCCUUGGAGUAAUGGGGUCGCUCAUCUCAAAUGAACACCUUGGUAAAACGCUAAACUUUACAUUUUGGAUGUUCUUAUUUAUUUUGCUACAUUUGAUAAUUAGGUUAUGAGAUGACAUUUUGUAUUUUAUAAAAUUUAUUUUUGAGAAUUUGUGAUGUGUAAUCUAAUUUUUAUCGUUUGGGUAU